UUGUGAAAGCAAUGGCGGCUGCAUAGCUCGCUAAAGGUGUGCAUAUCCGGUAUCGAACUCUUGCGGAAUCGCCACUUUCACUACCCAAGAACUGCUCGGAAGUGAAGCCAACGAAUACUACUUUUAUCAGAUGUUUUACUCACUUCCUGCCCUCGAUAGAAAAGGCUCAAAUYGGUUGGUCUGAAGUUUGUUUUACCUAAAACUACAAGACAACUGCAACACACGGAGGGUGCGGCAUUCAAUAUACAACAAUUUUCUACGCAUUCUUCAAGUGUAAAAUAUCUAUUGUUUCCUCCGGGGAAGGAGUAUCUAUAAGUCGGUGACAUAACCCCAAAUCCUUGUGAUAGCAGCAAUUAUGGGGGAACACAGUAUAACACACGCCAAGGCAUCUGUCAUGCUGUAUGACAAUGAGCGYAAACAGUGGCAGCAUUCAGGAGGCGCACCAGGGYUAUCAAGAGUCAAUAUCUACCAYCACCCAGUCAAUAAUACAUUUAGAAUAGUGGGACGAAAGCUGGAUGACCAUGCUGUUGUUAUCAAUUGUGCUUUGGCACGUGGUCUAAAAUAUAAUGAAGCUACACCRACAUUUCACCAAUGGCGUGACCAGCGACAAGUUUAUGGCUUGAAUUUUCAAAGUAGUGAUGAUGCAAUUAGAUUUGGACAAGAAGUACGGAAAGCACUGGAGACUCUAAAAGAGGCUUCUGCAGCACCACAAGCACCACAAGCACCAGCUCAGUCAUAUCAACACAGAGAUCAGUAUUACCAAGACUCAGUCUCAAAUGGACCAUCACAUGAAGAAGUCAUGCGUCAACAUAGACAGAAUGCUGACUAUGAUUCCCAUGACAACUACAGCUCAAGAACGCGAGUACCAUCUGCUGGUCAAGUCAACUUUCAGUAGCCUCCUCAGUAACACAACCUGCUCCUGUACAAACUUCAGCCCCACCAGCUCCAACACCCCCACCAGCCCCWCCAGCUCCGGCAGCUCCCCCAGCACCUGCUCCUCCUCAACCUCCCCCUGCUCCAAGCAUUGGUGGUCCUCCUGCCCCACCACCACCACCACCAGCACCUAGCGGCGGAGGAGGAGGUUCUUUAGCUGAUCAGAUUGCYGCUGCUAAACUAAGGAAGUCAUCUAGGGGAGACUCUGCGCCCAGUGAUGGCGGUGGUAUGAGAACAGAGAGAUCUGGUUCAAGAUCCAAUAAUGUUGGCGGCGUAGGUGGUAUGGACAUGAUGGCUGAAAUGCAAAGGAAAUUAGCAGCAAGACGUGCGAAAACAGAAGAUCCAAAACCAGUAUCCAAUGGACCAGUUAAGCAAGAAGAAGAGAGGUCCUUUCCUGCUGUGCGUUCAACAGCAACUUCAAGCAGCCCGACCCCUCCACCAUUUUCUAGUAACAAAACAAACUUCGGAAACCCACCUCCCAAGACAAGUAGCAGCAGUCGUUUUACCAGUAGUAGCAACAAGAGUGACGUGACUUUGUCAAAUGACCAGCUGGAAGAAUUUAAAACAGAGCUUUUGUCAGCAUUUCGACAAGAAUUGGAAAAUUAUAAAGAAGAGAUUAUUCAAGCUGUUAGACAAGAAAUGUCCAAGAAUAUGUGAGCUGUCUUCUCUUUAAUAUGAAAAAACGAAAACAAAACAGACAUUGAAUAGAAUAAGAAUAGUGCAGGUGUACUAAUUAGUGACUUGUGCAAUUUAUKACCCUUUUUAAUAAGUAAACCAAAUUACCCUGCAACCGUCAUCAUCUACAUGUAAARUGUUUACUGCGUAGACCUUUGAACCUUUUGCGUCGCUACUUGAUUCUCAGUGCAUUGUGGGAUCAGUUUCUAAAGAAAACAAAAGAAAUCGGCCAUGUUCUGUCUCAAACAUAUCCUAUAAUGCAUUGCGUAUACGGUACAUGACGUAAAGCUUCAGAGGUCUAUUAUCUCUAAGGUUUUAUAGAAAAAUUUCGGGGUAAUUGUGACGGUCAAUUCCAAUCAUGGUGUUAUGUAAGCUAUAUUUCUAGAUUUUGMAGAAUAUCGUACUGGCAUGGAAAAUGGAAGGUAAUAUUUGUGAAAAAAACAAGUCKGAUAGGGCUAGAGUUUCAGUUAAUUUGACUGAUUAGUCUGACAUUUGUUUUAGUAAUCCGUGUAUUUUUAAUGUUUGGACUUCAUUUAUCAAAUUAAUGUACUUUCAUGGGUUAGAUUGUGACGACUAACUGAUAAAUGGGCCAUUCUCGUACCCAGAUCCUUCUCACUUUCCCAACGGAAAAUCGAAGGAGCCUUAGAAGGAUUUGGGUUCGAGAAUGGAAAAUGGGCUUGAGCUAGGGAUUUGUUUCUGGUCAUUAACAGGGCAGUGACRUCUGAAGUCAUUCAAAAUUGGGGUUUUCUCUGGAAAACGACGGAUGAAAUAGGACAUUUUUACACUAUAUCCCCUCGUUUUCAAGUUAAGAAAAUACUAGACUUAGGUGAACGAACCCUAUUCUAAGGUUUCUGAUUGGUUGAUACAGGGAACAAUUAAUUUGUGACUCUUCUAAGUUGAAGAAUGCUUUGAGCAAAACCAUGCCAAUACGUCGGCUAUUGUAAUCUAACUACUUGUGCCUUUCUACAGUUGAUAUUACAGGAGUAUACUCUGUAAUUGUUAAUAGUAUGAUAAUAUAAUAACUCAAUUACAAGUUCUUUCCUGGGUUUUGGAAAUCUGUAACCAAGACAUUUUAAAGUUGUAAAUUAUAAGAAGUUUCUAAGAAAAUACAGUGAAAGGGUCGACCCAUGAUUCCUGGAUAAUAUCAGUACUAAGGUAUUUUAUGUCCUCAAAAGAGUGUUGCACUGCGUAAAAAUGCACACUAGGUAUUGUAUGUUAACACAUUUUCGGAUAGUCCAAGUUUGCUUGUUGUAAAUCCUAAACAGUAAUCGUGCAACUUUGCAGUUACCCUCUUUCAGUAUUGAAACCGCAAAAGAGAGCUGGAGGAAGCCCCCUCUCAUGACACUCCGACAUAAGCCCCCGUUGAUGUUGAACAGAAUCAAUUGACUAAAAAUUACUCAGCAAUUUCAGAAAACGUCGAAUACUAGUGGGAAGUGCAUUCCAAGAUCACAAUGCAUUGACAUUAAUUAAACUCCGCGUUACCUGCGAUACGAAAUAACAAUUCUAAACUUAAUGAUUUCUGUUGAAGUUAUUCGCUGUAUUGGGCUUGCAUAGUCACUCUGAAGUCCAGUCCUGGCCUCCUUUCAACCCUCUCCAGGACUCGCGACCUCAGCCUACCGGAGAGGACAGAAAGGGAGUCCGGGACUGAACUAAGUCACUCUGAAGCACGAAAACACCUUUUUGCAUAUGCCUUUUCUGUGAUASMAGUUUGCAUUGCGUUGUGAUCUAGAUUCGGUACAAACAUUGUAUUUCAGAAAAGGUCUAUGACAGUUAAAGAACCAACAAUGCAUUUCGGUCUCRGAAUACACUACUAUCUAGUGUACUCAACGUCCAGUCCAGUCUCAUGGGUUAAUGCCUUUCACAGGGAUCCACAAARUGUCAAUGAAUUAGUUAUUUGAUCUUUGCUUUAUUGUAAAUCGCUGCUAUAUUACUGAUAUACUGCUAUUAUGUAUGUUGUUAGUAGUAAARAUGAUUUUUGUAGCCACCAUGUGAUAUAUGAGGGAUUCUUGCAACAGGAUAAGUAAUUCCGAUCAAAAACUAAACAUAAGAUUGACUUUGUAACUUAAAUAAUUUUAGACAAAUAACGUCAUUUAUAAAAAUGCUUUAAAUCGUU